AUGUCAGAGCGACCAUUCCUGAGCUUAAUCCUGUUUGACCAACUCAACCUCGAUGCUAUAUUCGCACCUCGUACCUCAGAUAGCUCAGAUCAGCAGGCUCCCUAUACAGACCCAACGAUACAUUGUUGUAGCAAAGACAAACAGUCGUCCGCGAUGGUCGAGUUGCGGUGGGCUCCAGAACCGACGGCUCCCUGUCUCCGUACCGAUAUCGAAGACCUCAAGCCGAGAAUCCGUGAAGGGAGGAAAAAGCAGGUGUUGCGAAUGCACGGCAGAUGCGAGAGUGUCGAAUUGCCGAUUUCUUCUGCCGAAACGACGCUUCGCAAGUCACAAUCUCAGUGCUUCACGUGCGCUGAUGAUGUAAAGCUGCACAAUUACCCGUAUAUGUAUUGCUUCUUGGAUACUGCGAAUAAUGUUCUUGAUCAGUGA